AUGACUGGUUUCACUUUCUGUCCAUGGUGGUCUGAUAUCUCAAAGCUGAUCAAGUUCCUGGUGGGUCUCCUGUCUCAAGCAGUAGAGUGGGAGGAGCAGUCAGGAGAGAAGACACUGAAGCUGGUAUCAUCAGUGUGUACUUACAGAACCUUCCCUUUCUGUGACGGGGAUGAUGAGGAUGAGUGGUUUCAAUGUGAUCUCCUGCUGGAUCUGUACUCACAUGUGGAGGACUAUGAGACUAAAACAGGCAGGAGUGUCCUUCCAUCAUUGAGACCACUUUAUCAGUCAGCUCCUGCAGUCUGGUCCAUAGACCUCUCAGAGAGAAAGGCCUCCCUCCUCCUAGAAGUGCUGAAACUCCAACCAGAGAAGAAACCAGUACAGCUGAAAGGCUGGUCAGAUGAAGAGAGUGAAGUGAGGAGUUUCCUUCAGUGUCUGCCUUACAUCUCACAGCUGAGUUUUACUCCACCACAGUAUCAGAGAAGAUCCCCUGAAGAGUGGAGAAAGAGAGAGAAGACAUUCCUACUGAAUCUGUGUCUUCAAGCAGCCCUCCAUGAGAGAGAAACCAUACAAACAACUGUAGGGAAAGUGUUGUCACUGUCUGAAGUUUAUCAGGGUCGGAAAUGGGAUCUCCUGCUGGAUCUGUACUCUCACGUGAAGGACUAUGAGACUAAAACAGGCAGGAGUGUCCUUCCAGCAUUACAGCCAGUUUACCAGUCAGCUCCUGCAGUCUGGUCCAUAGACCUCUCAGAGAGAAAGGCUUCCCUCCUCCUUGAAGUGCUGAAACUCCAACCAGAGAAGAAAUCAGUAGAGCUGUGGGACUGGUCAGAUGAAGAGAGUGAAGUGAGGAGUUUCCUUCAGUGUCUGCCCUACAUCUCACAGCUGAGUUUCUGUCCAUGGUGGUCUGAUAUCUCAAAGCUGAUCAAGUUCCUGGUGGGUCUCCUGUCUCAAGCAGUAGAGUGGGAGGAGCAGUCAGGAGAGAAGACACUGAAGCUGGUAUCAUCAGUGUGUACUUACAGAACCUUCCCUUUCUGUGACGGGGAUGAUGAGGAUGAGUGGUUUCAAUGUGAUCUCCUGCUGGAUCUGUACUCACAUGUGGAGGACUAUGAGACUAAAACAGGCAGGAGUGUCCUUCCAUCAUUGAGACCACUUUAUCAGUCAGCUCCUGCAGUCUGGUCCAUAGACCUCUCAGAGAGAAAGGCCUCCCUCCUCCUAGAAGUGCUGAAACUCCAACCAGAGAAGAAACCAGUACAGCUGAAAGGCUGGUCAGAUGAAGAGAGUGAAGUGAGGAGUUUCCUUCAGUGUCUGCCUUACAUCUCACAGCUGAGUUUUACUCCACCACAGUAUCAGAGAAGAUCCCCUGAAGAGUGGAGAAAGAGAGAGAAGACAUUCCUACUGAAUCUGUGUCUUCAAGCAGCCCUCCAUGAGAGAGAAACCAUACAAACAACUGUAGGGAAAGUGUUGUCACUGUCUGAAGUUUAUCAGGGUCGGAAAUGGGAUCUCCUGCUGGAUCUGUACUCUCACGUGAAGGACUAUGAGACUAAAACAGGCAGGAGUGUCCUUCCAGCAUUACAGCCACUUUACCAGCCAGCUCCUGCAGUCUGGUUCAUAGAUCUCAGAAAGAGAAACGUCUCCCUCCUCCUAGAAGUGCUGAAACUCCAACCAGAGAAGAAAUCAGUAGAGCUGUGGGACUGGUCAGAUGAAGAGAGUGAAGUGAGGAGUUUCCUUCAGUGUCUGCCCUACAUCUCACAGCUGAGUUUCUGUCCAUGGUGGUCUGAUAUCUCAAAGCUGAUCAAGUUCCUGGUGGGUCUCCUGUCUCAAGCAGCAGAGUGGGAGGAGCAGUCAGGAGAGAAGACACUGAAGCUGGUGUCAUCAGUGUGUACUUACAGAACCUUCCCUUUCUGUGACAGGGAUGAUGAGGAUAAGUGGUUUCAAUGUGAUCUCCUGCUGGAUCUGUACUCACAUGUGGAGGACUAUGAGACUAAAACAGGCAGGAGUGUCCUUCCAUCAUUGAGACCACUUUACCAGUCAGCUCCUGCAGUCUGGUCCAUAGACCUCUCAGAGAGAAAGGCCUCCCUCCUCCUAGAAGUGCUGAAACUCCAACCAGAGAAGAAACCAGUACAGCUGAAAGGCUGGUCAGAUGAAGAGAGUGAAGUGAGGAGUUUCCUUCAGUGUCUGCCUUACAUCUCACAGCUGAGUUUUACUCCACCACAGUAUCAGAGAAGAUCCCCUGAAGAGUGGAGAAAGAGAGAGAAGACAUUCCUACUGAAUCUGUGUCUUCAAGCAGCCCUCCAUGAGAGAGAAACCAUACAAACAACUGUAGGGAAAGUGUUGUCACUGUCUGAAGUUUAUCACAAUCAGAAAUGGGAGCUCCUGCUGGAUCUGUAUUCUCAUGUGAAGGACUAUGAGACUCAAACAGGCAGGAGUGUCCUUCCAGCAUUACAGCCAGUUUACCAGUCAGCUCCUGCAGUCUGGUCCAUAGACCUCAGAAAGAGAAUGGUCUCCCUCCUCCUAGAAGUGCUGAAACUCCAACCAGAGAAGAAACCAGUACAGCUGAAAGGCUGGUCAGAUGAAGAGAGUGAAGUGAGGAGUUUCCUUCAGUGUCUGCCCUACAUCUCACAGCUGAGUUUCUGUCCAUGGUGGUCUGAUCCCUCAAAGCUGAUCAAGUUCCUGGUGGGUCUCCUGUCUCAAGCAGCAGAGUGGGAGGAGCAGUCAGGAGAGAAGACACUGAAGCUGGUGUCAUCAGUGUGUACUUACAGAACCUUCCCUUUCUGUGACGAGGUUUAUUUUGAUGAGUCGUUUCAAUGGGAUCUCCUGCUGGAUCUGUAUUCACAUGUGAAGGACUAUGAGACUCAAACAGGCAGGAGUGUCCUUCCAGCAUUACAGCCAGUUUACCAGCCAGCUCCUGCAGUCUGGUUCAUAGAUCUCUCAGAGAGAAAGGUCUCCCUCCUCCUAGAAGUGCUGAAACUCCAACCAGAGAAGAAAUCAGUAGAGCUGAAAGGCUGGUCAGAUGAAGAGAGUGAAGUGAGGAGUUUCCUUCAGUGUCUGCCCUACAUCUCACAGCUGAGGUUUGCUCCACCACAGGAUCAGAUAGGAUCCCCUGAAGAGUGGAGAAAGAGAGAGAAGACAUUCCUACUGAAUCUGUGUCUUCAAGCAGCCCUCCAUGAGAGAGAAACCAUACAAACAACUGUAGAGAAAGUGUUGUCACUGUCUGAAGUUUAUCAGGGUCGGAAAUGGGAUCUCCUACUGGAUCUGUACUCUCAUGUGAAGGACUAUGAGACUCAAACAGGCAGGAGUGUCCUUCCAGCAUUACAGACAGUUUACCAGUCAGCUCCUGCAGUCUGGUCCAUAGACCUCAGAGAGAGAAAGGUCUCCCUCCUCCUAGAAGUGCUGAAACUCCAACCAGAGAAGAAAUCAGUAGAGCUGAAAGGCUGGUCAGAUGAAGAGAGUGAAGUGAGGUGUUUCCUUCAGUGUCUGCCCUACAUCUCACAGCUGAGUUUCUGUCCAUGGUGGUCUGAUAUCUCAAAGCUGAUCAAGUUCCUGGUGGGUCUCCUGUCUCAAGCAGCAGAGUGGGAGGAGCAGUCAGGAGAGAAGACACUGAAGCUGGUGUCAUCAGUGUGUAUUUACAGAACCUUCCCUUUCUGUGACGGGGAUGAUUUUGAUGAGUCGUUUCAAUGUGAUUUCCUGCUGGAUCUGUAUUCACAUGUGAAGGACUAUGAGACUCAAACAGGCAGGAGUGUCCUUCCAACAUUACAGACAGUUUACCAGUCAGCUCCUGCAGUCUGGUCCAUAGACCUCUCAGAGAGAAAGGCCUCCCUCCUCCUAGAAGUGCUGAAACUCCAACCAGAGAAGAAACCAGUAGAGCUGAAAGGCUGGUCAGAUGAAGAGAGUGAAGUGAGGAGUUUCCUUCAGUGUCUGCCCUACAUCUCACAGCUGAGCUGUGAUUCUGACAGGUUCUUCCAGCGUGUGUGUGAAUCCAUCCCUGUGAGGUCCAGAGAGGAUGCCCAGCAGUUGGCCUCUCUCCUCCAGGCCUUGGGCUCCACCCUGUCACUGGGAGGACAGUUACCCAGGAAAACCUGCAGGUCUGUGGUGAGAGUGCUUGGCCUCUGUGCCUCCAGAGUGGACCUCACUCUCACCCCCAGCAAGAUCUCUCUGAAAGGAGCCUCACUUCUCUUCACACAUGUAUCACAGCUACACAAGCUCAGGCUGAAUGUGGGCAUGGCAGUGAGACUGGCCAGACUGGCUAGGAGGACAGGGAGAGGGGGUUCUCCACUGACUGUCCCAGAGCUCUCCCUGGUCCUAAAGAGCAGCCAGCCACCAGAGAAAGUGUUAUCCAGGGCUCUGAGUAGUGUGGCGUCCCUGCUGAGACUCUGGACGGUGCAGUGUCUGGACCUGACUGACUUCUGCAUCCAGGGUCACUCUCUCAUCACACUACUUUGUCACCAAGGCCCUCUCACUCUCAGACUGCACUCAGACACCCUGCAGCAGCUGGCUGUAGUUGUGUAUGAAGCUCAGGACAAGGACUUGACUCGGUGGUUCCUGGAGAAGGUUGGUGGAGACCUGACCUCCUGUAGGCUGGACUGGGAGGUGCUUCUCUCUCUGCUGCAGCAUUCAACCCACAACAUCACAGUGGACCUCAGGAAGAACAGGCUUCUAGAGAAGAACAUCUCAGAUCUUUUCCCCUUUCUGGGAAGGGUUAUAUUCAAGAGGCUCAGUUCCAGCUUUGUGAAGUCCACCAUCAGACAGAUCUAUGACAGUAGAGCCAGUGACUGUGUGUCCAGUUUGUUGAGGUCUUCAGACCAUUGGAUCAACCUGAACAGCAGAGAGCUGGACAGAGUGGACUGUACUGCGCUGUGUUUCACCCUGCAGCACAGCCACCAAGUCAAAGUCAACCUGCUGUGGACCUCCAUACCACCGGGGGAGAUAGAGAGCAUCCUGCCUCUUCUGGACAGAGUCUCCCAACUCAGUGUUGACAGGAUGCUGUUGCUGAGUUUCCUCCACUCCUGCGCUGCCUCUCAGAUCCUGCAGGGGGCACUAUCACCACCUUCAGCAAUAACAACAGCAGCAGCAGAGCUGCUCAGGGCUCUGCAGCACAGGUUGGACUUCUCCUGCUCCUCCUCUGUGGACCUGUCGGCUCACGACCAGGGGGAGGCGCUGUGUCUGACCACUGACCACUGUAGGGCCAUAAACUCUGUUCUGAAGCAGAGCCAGCACAGCACACAGCUGGUUCAGAACCCGACCCAGAACCAGUCCCGAAACCAGCCCCAGGUGCAGCUCAUCCUUAAAGACUGUGAGGUGGAGCACGGAGCACUGAGAGAGCUGCUUCCCAUCCUGCAUAUUGUCAAGCUGAGCCCCAGCAAAGCUCUGCUACUUCAGCUGGUGGACCAUGUGUGUGAGGGGAUUGAAGAGGGAGUGCUGAGGAACGCAGUAUCCCUGUGCAGAGCCCUGGAUGGGGAGCUGGACCUCAGUGAGACCAGGCUGAACCAAAAGGCCUGUGGAUCUCUGGCCCUGGUUCUGGAACACUCAGAGGGGCUGUCAGAACUGGACCUCAGCCACUGCCAACUCACAGACCGCCAUCUACAGCCCCUGCUCACACACCUGCACAAAGUUGAAGUCCUUGACCUGAGUCACAAUGACAUCACUGAUGCUCUGACCGACAGAAUUCUCCAACUGGUCUCCACCAACACUUCAAUCCGCACCGUACGGCUCUUCAGCAACAGAAUCAAGGACAGAAGUCCGUUCCUGACAGACAAGAGGUUUGACAUCUGGUGAAGCAGCAUCAGGUCCAAGUCCAGACAGAGGAAGCGAAGAUGGAUGUUGAAGAGGUAGAGGAAGCGAAGAUGGAUGUUGAAGAGGUAGAGGAAGCGAAGAUGGAUGUUGAAGAUGGGUGUAGUAGCUACGAAGCCUCAUCUCAUCAACCUUAACCUGGACACUAAACGUAUCCUAAUUUUAACCAAUUCUUAAAUAUUGAAUGAAAGCCACACACCCUUAGUUUUUAGCUGACCUCAUCAUGGUGUCAGAAGAACUGCAAGUGAUGUCAUCAGGGAUUUGGGGACUAAGGUAUUGUAAAAAUAGUUGAGACUCCAGAACUCUGGAAUGUUCUGAGUGUAAUGGAUAGGAAUGUGUAGUUUUAUUUACCUCUUACAUGGUUCUGAAAAACACAGGAACAUGUGUAGUAUAACGUUUUUACUAGAUGAUUUUUGUGAUCUGACAAUUUGUGAAAUUCCUUCUGAAGGAAUGGAUUGUAUAUGUGCUUUUAUAGUCUAGUAUUUAUCAGGUUGAUGUGAAUGUGUUCUACAGUUGCAGUGGGAGACUUAAUACAUGAGUGUUUUGUUGCAGGUCAACCUCAUGGUAUUGUUACUCAGGCUAGCCCUGUUGAGAACCAAGCUUCCCUAUUCAGGAAGCAAGAGAUGUGUUGACUUCUCUUGAACGUUUGCUAUGUUGUGCAACGUUUUGUACUGAAUGACACGUUUCCCCGAAAUGUUCCUGAACAGACUUCGAGGUACGUUUGGUGGGUGUGGCUUGAAGCAAUGAAUUACAUAUAUUUUUAUUUGUAAAGGGCAGUGGCCAUGCUGACAGCAUUCUCCAACCCACAACCCAACCCCUCCCCAUUUUUCAACUGGUUGUUCAGUACAGCACCGUUUACGUUCAAUUGAACCGUUUCAGAACGUAGAAACAUACUGAACGCAGCCCUGGUGAAGUUCAGGGCAGAAAGUAGCUACAAGUGGGUGGAAACCAUUGAUGCCUCGCAACACGUCAAACCAAUCAAUUGCCUUGCUUUGGCGGAGCACUAAAGGUAGCCACUAGUGCCAUAGGAGGAACAGUGUGUGAGGAUGCCCAGGAAAUCGCUGGUGUAUAACAUAGGCUGUAUGUACACACAUCAUAAUAAAAUGUAUUUAGUAGAGCAGUU